CUUUAUUCCUCAAACUUUUAGGCAAUACAAAAGACAAAGAUCGUAUCAUUUCAAAGCUACUACAGCUAAGCGAUCCAACAGAUACAUCGACCAUGACGUUCAAGACAGGCAGCAAGAAGAGUGAAGAGAUUGAUGCUGCGAGCAAAUUAGAGGAAAACCUUCUCGAAGGUAUCACCCACCCAGGCUUGCAUGAUUGUCUGUGCGGCCGAGGUGGCCACGCCACAAAUCAUCCUGGGAACGUUCAGUUUCGAAUGCUGGUGAAUCAAUACAAGGAAUUCUACUUGGGUCUCUCACGGUGCGGCAAGCUCCAAGUGGCAGCAGAAGUGGUGCGACUAUGGAGAGCACAAACUCCUGCAGGUCGCUUCCUCGCCAUGACGGACCCCAGCCAGAAGGAACAGUCCACUUGGCACGAUAUUGGGGACAAGGAAGCCCUCAAGAAAACCACUCAGUGCCUCAGAGAGAGAAUCCCAGCUCAUCAGAGAGCUCGUACUCUUAAGGCUCCCAUCAAGCCCACCAGUGCCCUCAACAUCAGAGAAGAGCUACUCAAGAAAAUACAGCACCAUGAAGCUCAGCAGCAGCAGCCAUCUGCAUCUGCUCCUCCGACACAAGCUCAGUCUUUGGCACAAGCCCUCACUACAUGUACCAACAGUGGGGCGAUGGUCCCUGAAUCCAGUUCCAAUACUGGCACUGGCACUCCAACUUCAUCUGCAUCCGGGCUCUGGGCGCAAACACAGCUAAACUUACUCAUGAAUGAUGAAUGCACUCAGCAGGAGCUACAAACGGCACAGGCACCUGUUACAAGUACAUGUACACAAAUGCAAAGGCAAACAGACACCGUUACGGGUCCAACCCCCCUUGUUACUCAAGAGAAUCGGGCUCAAGUGCAGCCUAAUCUACAUGCCAUCCUGGGAGGUCUAUUCCAGCAAAUACCAAGGCAAAACAAUCAAGUGGCCAGCACAAACGCAAACAAUUCUGCCCCGGUUCCUGCAAGAAGCCGAUUGUCCCAACAGCAAGUGUCUGCCUCUUCCGCUCCAUUCCCUCCCCCCAUGCCCAAGGGCAACCGGUUCGCGGCAACAUCAAGGACGCAAUCCCUCAGCAGGGAAACGUCAUGGGCUGGCGUCAGUGUCGGAUCCUGGCAUGAUUCCGACGAACUGCCAUUUCAAGCAUGGGAAGAACUCAUGGAACAUGAUGCUACCACGGCUGCCUCCAUUAUGGGAAUCGCACCUUCGCCAGUUUCCACCACGGCUUCAGAGGAGUCCUCCGCACAUCAUGAAAAAACGGAUCAAGUCACAGCCGUUGUCCCUUCCAGCUUCGCCUCCACUUCAGCAGACUCGGCUGCUGCUACCAGUACCACAGACGCAAUCCCUUCGACUGCCAACCUCACGCACAACGUAUUUGGACUCGGUGCACAAUGGCGCUACCGAAGAUCCUCUUCAGCCGAGAAGAAUGUUCCAACAAGACAACCGCAAGCCACAGCAGCACACUGGACACACUCUCUGACUUCUAUGGAUGGUUCAUAUACUAUGAUCUCACGGCAAACCAAUCAUUGAAUCUCUUUUCAUUUUCGUUUUUAAAAAAAGCAUCUAAAGUAAUACAC